AAUAAACGGCAUUCAUUGCCAGCUUAGCCUCAGUCGCGUCAAUCUAGUGUAUGUUUGUUCUCCGCCGAUUUGCUGCCAAAAUGAGUCUUCCUCGAGUAUUUUUCGACAUCAACGCUGAUGGACAACCUAUGGGAAGGAUUACAAUGGAGUUGCGAUCAGACGUUGUACCCAAGACCGCAGAAAACUUCCGUGCUUUAUGCACUGGAGAAAAGGGAUAUGGCUACAAAGGCAGCACUUUCCAUCGUGUUAUCCCACAUUUUAUGUGCCAGGGUGGAGAUUUUACAAAUCACAAUGGCACUGGCGGAAAAUCUAUUUACGGAAACAAAUUCGAGGAUGAGAAUUUUAAUUUGACACAUACCGGUCCAGGUGUCUUGUCCAUGGCCAAUGCUGGACCGCAUACUAACGGCAGCCAGUUUUUCAUUACAACUGCCAAAACAAGCUGGCUUGACAAUCGCCACGUUGUAUUUGGCAAUGUUGUUGAAGGCAUGGAUAUUGUGAAGAAAUUGGAGUCAUUCGGAUCUCAGAGUGGCAAACCUUCCAAGAAACUAAUAAUUUCUAAUUGCGGCCAACUUUCUUGAAUACACGAAAAUGUCUGCAAACGUUUCCCACAAUUACAUUCACAUUGAGUUCAUAGUUUUUGGAAAAAUCUUAAUUGAGGCUUAAUAAUAUAAAAUAAAGCUUUACACAUCAAUUUUCUCUGUUAAACAUAAGAAAGUUUUGUAAGGAAAGUUCAAUAAACUUCGUUGGACAACUAGUCGUUAAUUUUAUCAUGAAUCAUUAUUUUCUUCUAGAUGAUCUUUUGAUAGAAAAGGAUCUACGGGUGCAUUUUAUUUGUGAUAAUUUCAGGGAACAAAAAUCAUUAGUUGCACACAUAUAUGAAAGG